CAAAGAAUUUUCUGAAUGUUAAUGGCGGGAAAUAACUCAGUCAUUGUUGUGUAAAGCACGCCGUUCACUUAACGCAUUAGCGGGAUUUUACGGUGUCAGCUAGGCAUCUAGGGGCUAAAAAGCACUUUGAAAAUCCGGGUUUCGCCAUAGCUUUGUAAACAGCGAGGGAUGGCGUCGCAGUUUUCGUUUUCGGAGGAAGGUUUGACUGUCAAUAGCGGCCGGGAACACAUUUUCGCUAGUAACUGUUUGAAAAGGAAACUCGAAGCAAACGGUUGUAAUGGAUUUUCUUCAGUGGGAGACCAUGAGUCAGUUGAGCAGGAAUAUAAUCUCAACAGUGAGGUGAGACAAUUUAAAAAAAAACUGAAGCAGUAAGAUAACUCUGGUUAAAAAACAUUUACCAGCUGAGUGCAAUAAAUUGACCCGAUACUGCGAUCAGGAUGUUCGUGAUCUCCAGAGUUAACCGUUAUUACUAAUCCAACAUGCAGAGGAUAGAAAUGAUUGUUCACAGAAAGCGUACAGCAGUUUGCCUUUCUUUGAAUGCUAUGCUUAUCCUAUUUUCGAUUUAAUUUUUCUUGUAGAAAAGACAGCGGUUUUCAGCCGACAGCAACGGCCAUACGGAGUGUCUCGCGAUCGUCAACAAUGACGAAAAUAGUAAUUGCCAGAGUUUUACUCACAAUAGGAACAUCAUGGGAAAUGAUUCUCUGCUUCAAAAUAACGUAGAGUGUGACGCAUCGAUCGGAUGGGAAGAAGUUAAAAUGGACUGUGUAAACGAAACAGUUGCUCAAAAUCGAUCUGCUUGCUGGGAAGAACAUGUCACUUCCGCCUGCCCGCCAAAUUUGAACAACAACGUUGCUGUUGGAGAUGUUUCCGUUGAAAUAAGUGGCCGAGACAGUUCCCCAACGAAAGGAUCACCGGCAAGGGAAUUUCUACAGACGUUAGUAUUAUUUUUUUUUUCGGUACACUUGUUUGUCUAUAGCUUUAUACUGAAUUUGUUUGCACCGGUUUAAAUUUCAUACCAGCUCUUACCUUUCAAUUUCAUGAAGGUGUCAACCCUCACAACAUCACCCCAGUUCACACAUAUAGGUCAUGAGAAUGAAGGAAAUAAUCACCAACUAAACAAGCCCUCGAUUGUUACACAUUUUCUCCCUGUCAGCACCUUAGGAAAUGCAUAGGCAACCAUAUGGAGCAUAUACAUACUGAUGUGAAGGUGUUAGGUAAUGAGUGACAAUUACUCAUUGAUGUCGAUUAUGAUCACUGAGUACUUUUCUGUAGGAUGUUAGUUAGCUUGUUCGAUUUUGUCUUUGAAAACAAGCAAAAAGUAUAACAUUCUGCUGUAUGUGUUUCCUCCAAACUGCUUGAGUGCCUUUGUGGUAUAGGAAUCUUGCACAAAAAUCUGGAAAGAUUUGCUUUUUUUCUACAAGAAUCAUUUAACAACUGGUUCAUACGUCAGCGUGCGUUACAUGUUCAUAGAGAUAUGAAGCAUGUGGGAAGUUGGAGAGCACAAAAGAUGAGUAAAAGUUGCUCAAGGCUCAAUCAACUCUAGCUUCUUGAGUGCUCUCCAAACUUCCCAAGUGCUUCAUAUCUCCAUGAAUGCACAGCUGAUGUAUGAACCAAUUGUUUUAUAACAUUUUCAACCUGAUGGAAAACUUUUUUUCUUGAGGGAUUUGUUUGCUGAUGUCAUGAACAUGCACAAUAGGAAUAUGAAGCACACUUGUGCAAUUGAAUUUGAUUAGACAAAUUUACUAGCUAUGUUACAAAACUUCUUAAACCAAAACUUUCAAGAGUUAUUGGGAGUCUGUACUAUUGAAAGCAGAGGGAAAAAGAUGAAGUUAGCAUAAGCUUGGAGUCAGCAAAGGUGGUAGCUAUAAGGAAGCUUUCAUUUCUUAGCAAAAUUUUGAAAAUUAUUCAAGAUAUCCCAAGGGUAACAUGUUCAAAAUGUAUUUUGUUGUUGUUUUCAAGCCAUGAAUACAUUGUUCUCAGGGCUUGUAGGCAAUAAAUUAACCCAUGGUUCAUAUGCCCCCUGGAAUAUCUGGAAAGUCUUGGAACUUUAUUUGAAAUUUUCCAGGACUGGAAAGUCUUGCAAAAAGACUACAGAUCCUGGAAAGUCCUGGAAAUCUUCCUAACUCAAGCUAGUUUUCAGAAUUUACAUUAUAAGAAAUGUUGUAGACUGUAAGGAGAAUUGAAUUGGAAAUCUUGGGAAUGAUUGGGGUUAAGAUGAAACUUGGUGUCUUGGAAAAUCAAAAAAAGUCCUGGUAAAGUCUUUGAAAUUUGUUUCUGAAAAAAGGUUUAAACCCUGUUAACGUUCUGUUUGACAAUUUUAAGAGAAAUUGGAUGUUAGACUUAGGGUAUUCAUUGUAUUCUUGACAACCUAUUUACAGUGCUUUCCAUUCAUUCAUUCCUUCAUUCAAUUGUGUGUUUAAAUAUAUCCAGACACAGGCCAGAGCACCUAAUGUAUUGCAUCCCAUCCUACUGUCACCCAGGGGGAUUAUGGGAUGUUAUGCUGGAGGUAUAUCAUGGGCUGUAAAUCUAAAUAGAUUUCUACAGCCAUUUUGAUUGGAAAAUUGUAAGGUAAGAGAAACUUUUACUGAUAAAUGACUUAUACAAUACAGAGAUCUAGUUUUCAGAUUGUGUAAUGUUACAAAGUGUACCUGCUGAUCUAUGGCAAAAUUCAAUGUGAAAGACAAUAUCACAGCCCUAAAACAACAAUUUUUUUUCAUUGAUAGUACAAACCUUGCUCUACUUAAGACAAACAAAGGGAGUUUUUUGCAGCUAAAAUGCUCUUGCCUCAUUUUUGCAUUUUCAAGCAGUAGUUUUGGCAUCUCACAAAUCUUGCAUUGUACCCUGUGCCAUCCCUGAAGUAAAGGCUCUGCCCCCUUUGGCAAUCUGAAUGGCUAGUUAGCUAGUUGUAUGUGCAAUUACACAUUACAUUUACCCUUUUAUGCUCUCAGUAUUGUUUAAUGAUAUCACUUUAAGAAAAGCAUCAGAUAAUUAUAACUGCUAAAACAUGGCAGUAUACCAACAUUUAUAUUUAGACAAAAACUUACAUGUGCCGAAUGCUCCUUCUUUGCAGAUGAUACAUGGACGCAACAUAGAAGAGAAAAACAAAUCAUACAUUAAAAAUUUUAUAAACUUAAAGCUUUACAUGUCAUAUACAUUUAAAUUACUAUUGUGGCAGGUACUAUGUCAUAUUAAAAGCUUAAGUGUUUCAACAGAAAAAUUAUAUAAAUACUGAUUUUAUGAAAAAGUUAACUUUUCCUUAAAGCUUUGGAUAUCAUAUACAUUUAAAUUACUACUGUGGCAGGCACUAUGUCGUAUUUAAAACUUUGGAGGUUAUUAUGCAAUGUGUUUUAACACAAAAAUUAUAUAAAUACUGAUUUUUUUGAAAAAAGUGAAUGUUUCCAUUAUUUUAAAUACUUGUGAUAAUUGUUCUGUAAAACUUUUCACUCUAAGAAGUGGCAAAAAGAGAUCUUCUCGAAAAUCUGACAACAUUUUUAGCAGAAGUGUAAAGAGAUCAGAGAAGAAUAUCAAGGAGUGUCCAGGCUUGUGGCAUGGGAGGCAUCUGGAUUUGGUACACAGGCAUUCACAGAGGUAGUGCUCAAACAGCCUUGUCUUCCCAAGCUUGUCUGAAGUACUCUCAAAAUUUUGAAAUUCUUGGCACACAGGCAUACACAGAGGUAGUGCUCAGACAGCCUUGUCUUCCCAAGGUGGUCUGGAGUUCUCUCAAAAUUUUGAAAUUCUUCAGUUACAGAGUGCAAUUUCCUGUAUUUGGAGCAGAAACUACAUGAUUCAUUUCCACUAAAAGAUCAUUUCUGUAGAUAAUUGAUCAUGAUUUGACGCAUUAAUCAACAAACAAAUCAGUUUUCUAAUGCAAAUACAUAAUCUUUUACCUAUUCAGUCAAGUUCAGAUAUAUUUUAUGUUUGAGAAAACACUUAAGGAAGAUAUGGGAUUGUAACAUACAUAAGUGUAGCAAAGUUUUCUUCACAGCUAGUUAGUUUGUUUGGUGCCUGGCCCCAAGUGAAAUUCUUGAAUAUGAAUCAACACAUAAUCUUUGACUUAAUCCUUUAACUCCCAUAAGUGAUCAAGACAGAAUUUCUCCUUACAAUAUUAAUACAAUAUCAAGCAGACAAGUGAUGAGAAUGAUGAAAAAUAUCAAUCAGGAGAUCAGUAUGUGAUUCAAUACCAAAUUCUCUAGAAUUAGGAGAUGAGAUUUUGGGAGCAAAAGGGUUGAGACACUUCUCUAAGCUGAAAUUAUCUAAAAUGUGAAGUAGACAGUAUGGAGAAUAUGAGGUAUAUAUCUAGGCAGUGAAAGGGUAAAAAAGAACUAAUGGUUUUUACUUAAAUGUCAAGUAUUACCCCACAAGACAACAAGCUUAAAAUUAAGGGUUUUUACUCAGUAACAGAAAAUGAAAACAAACCACUGCUAUAUAUCACAUUUGCUCAAAAUUUAUUAUAAGUGGCACAAAGACUGAGGUUCUGAACCAAAGCACAGAAUGAUGGAGUAUUUGUUCUUGGUUAUUCUAUGGUACAGUUUAUGUUCUAGCCAUUUUGUAGUCACUUGGGCACUGACAUUGUACAUGUACAUAGCUUAUGUUAGAAAACAUAGGUUCUCUUAUUUGUAAUGUGUUCAUUUGUUUAGAAACUGUAAGAAAGAAAACUGCAACAACAACUGUUCAAGGCCAUACUGUGCAAUUUCAGAAAAAAGGCUUGUAUUCAUUAUUCAUUUUAUUUUUUGUACCAGUACUCUUUUUUUCACAUGUUGCAAAACUUUUGCAUUUUACAGUUUUAUUCUGUAUUAGCUGUAAAAUAUCCCAAAAGUUUAAAACGUACAGCUAAACAAUGUUACAGUAGCUAAAUGUAUCUUACAUACACACUGCAAAAUUACAAACUCUGAAAUUUGCCUUAACCAGUUCUUUUGGUAUAUUUUUUUGGUGCAGUUUUGUUUUUCAUUCAAAAUUCUUAUUUUGUUACUGUUUUUAGAAAGUUUUUAAAUAUAUUUUGGAUCUAUUAAGUUAACAUGUAUUGUUUACCACUUCUCCCAUGGUGAAAGCUCUUUGGUGGUUGUAAUUUCUAUAUAAUUUUCUUUUCUUUUAAUUAUUUUUUAUCAUACAGACAUUAUACAGUGUAAAAUAUAUGCCUUUGCUUAUUUUUUGACCCCUCUGUACAUUUCAAAAGUGUUGAUUAAGAUUCCCAAGCAAAUGUAUAGUGUAAAUUAAGAAUCAAUAUAUAUUAUGACUUGUAAUUUAUAUUACAGUGUGUGACAUCACAGAGUGAACUGUUUGCCUUGUAGCUUCUAUCUAAGAACAAAUAUAUCUAUAUUCAGCAUGUAAAAUACUAUACACUUAAUGUAUGGUCCCAAAGGAAACUGUUAGUUUUGUUUUCCUAAGAGUCCUGGUGUUUCCUGAGACAAAGUUGAGGGAAAACAAAACUAACUAGUUUCCUGAGGGACCUUACAUGAAGUGCAUUGUUAUAUAUUUAAUCUUUCCUUAAACAGUCAUGUGCUGUUGUAUUCAGUGCAUGGGCAACAAGUGCGCAAUUGUAUUCCAGUCAGGAUGUUUGAAUGUGAUCAGUGGCACGUUACCUAGAAUCAACCAAUCACAGUGCUCGUUUUGUUGAGUGAAAGUCCUGGUAUAUAACAAAUAUAUUUAUUUCUUCUACCC